CUUUCGUUUCGCUACUGGUACGAGCAGCAGUGACAAAUCCGAGGAACAGAAGCAUCAGCUAAACAGAAGGACAUGGGGUUUUGGAUAGCAUCCUUCAGUCACAGACCAAAUAGAAGCUGACAAAUGAAGGGGUUGCAGUUUAUUUUUAUUUUGUUGAUGACUGUCAACCUCUGUGACCUUGUCUUCUCCGCCUGUGGUCAAGCUGAGUACUUCAUAGGAGAAGAGUGCUGUCCUAUGUGUGGCCCUGGGUACUAUGUACACAUACACUGCGCUGAAUAUAGAAGCACGACAUGUGUGCCAUGUCCCCAGUCUACUUUCACUGAUGAACCAAAUGGACUUGCUUCCUGCAGAUCAUGCAGCGUUUGUGACCAAACUGCAGGUGUAAGAGUGAAGAGGGCGUGCAGCUCCACCUCAGACACACUCUGUGAGCCUCUGGAAGGUCACUACUGCACUGACCCAAUCAAAGAUGGCUGCAGAGGAGCUGUGGAACACACAAAGUGCUCACCAGGACAGUACAUCAAACAGCCAGGCAAUGCAUAUUCAGAUGCUGUGUGUAGUGACUGUGUAGGUGCCACAUACUCAAAUGGAUCCUUCACAUCCUGCAGACCACACACAAGGUGUGAAUCUCUGGGACAUGUCUUGAAGAAGCCAGGAACACACACAGAUGAUGCUGAAUGUGAAAUCCGACGUCAUCACAUGGUGUUAUUGGCAAACCUGAUCUUCGUUUGUAUCUUUUUUGUUGUGUUAACCAUUGUCAUGGCAGAGAAAACAAGAAACUGAAACUGUUACAUUUGUAUUCUCUAGCGCUAGCGUGGCGGUCACAUAGGACUUGAGUUUUUUUUCUUCCAGAUUUUUUAGGGGUCCAAAGAGCGAAGCUGCGGGAACUCUAUUGUUUUUGUUCUGAUUAUUAACCCUUCUUCUUAUUUUUCCGCAGCAAUACCAUAUAUGUAGGGUGGCCGGGGAGUGUCACAACACAACACAAAUACAAAAGCCGACAACACAAAUGCAAAUCCCCACAACACAAA